AUGGAUGUAGAACAGAAACUACUGAAAUCGUUUAAGGAGAUAAGGAAAAAAAGUGUAAAGGAUCAAGGGAAGCAGAAACAGAACGUCAUUUCCGAUUUUCCAAAGUGGGAAGACAAUUUCUCAUGCGAUGAGUACUCAGUCAGUGAUGUGGUACGUCGUGCCAGAAAGGAGGGAGAAGAAGGUAACACAAGUAAGUAUAAAGAUGUCUUUAACACUUUUGAAAAUGACAUAAACUACUACUUAGGGGAAUAUGUUGAAGAAAUUGUAUGCUCUUCCGUCAUGGGUAGGAAGGAUAAGAGCUUCCCUCGAUGGGAGGACGAAAGGUUGAGAAAACCGUCGGAUGUAAUUUUUCAGCAUUUGAUCUAUGGCAGUUUGUUGGGUGAAAAAUUGAGGCGUUAUGAAUGCAGCUCUAGGUACUUCAAAUCCACUCUGGUGGAGGAUACAUCCGACUUUUCAGAUAAUUCCAGCCGUUCGAAUGAUACCCGAAAAGAGAAACAGCCCCCCGUGAGGGACAUAACACAUGAGGUGAAGUAA